CCCUAUCACUCUCACACAGACGUGUCGUACUCGACUGUUUAAAUUGUAGACCGGGCUAGAACGACAUUUUUACAUUUUUUGACUAAACCAAUUUCGCUGACUUCUAUUUACCAUCAAAACGGGAACUUAUUUCGCUAUUUUUCCUCAUAGCGAAAGUCGAAAACGGUGCUACUUCCUGUUUACUCUUUGGCCUCUCGUGUCUUAAAGGGACACAAUGCGAAAAUCGAAGGCAAUCGAUUAAUUGAGCGUGGAAUGAGGAAGAAACGCUCCACGUCGACGCGUGCAAUGUUCAGCGGCUUGGAGGAGACCCCCGACAUGGAGCAAUGGUGCACGGACUGGAUGUCCAAUUUGCCGGAGGAACUGCAGGACGUCCCGCUGACCCACUUGGCAAUACCUGGAAGUCAUGACACAAUGAGCUACUGCUUGGACAUCUCAUCCCCCUUGGUGAGGUCUGAGUCGGACCUGUUCAGGGUUCUGGAUGGACUUUGCUGUUGCUUUACCAGGCCUAAAGUCUUUAAAUGGGCCACGACGCAGGACCGCUGCAUCGAAGACCAACUGUCGAUGGGCAUCCGAUACUUCGAUCUUCGCGUGGCGCACAAACCGUGCGACCCGUCGUCAGACUUGUACUUCACGCACAUUUUGUACACGCACGCCACCGUGCUGGACACCAUGUGGUCGGUGGCCUCGUGGCUGGAGUCUCACCCGAAGGAAGUCGUCAUCUUGGCUUGUCGGCACUUUGAAGGCCUUACUGACAGGCUUCAUCACUUCUUCAUUUCUGCCAUCAAAAAGAUUUUCGGCUCCAAACUCUGCUUACGACAGGAAGCUAGCUGGUCCCUGCGCCGUCUUUGGGCAUUGGGUCGUCAGGUUCUAUUAUCGUACGACGCAGAUGUGGCUUCCAGACAUGCCGAGUUGCUACCCAGCAUCCCCUACUGGUGGGCUAAUCAGCGCACCGCACGCGCCGCCAUUAGCUUCCUGGAGUGGAACCAGCAGCUCGGACGGCCGAAGGGCUUCUUUGUGGCGGGCCUGAAUCUGACUGCGUACAGGUCGUACAUCAUCACCAACCCAAAGGAGUCCCUUCGCACAAUAACCUGGGCGCAGUGGCCCACUCUGAGGGAGUGGGUGAAAGAACAGACCCCCGGUCCGGAGCCCGGUAGCCUCAACAUCAUCGCCGGGGACUUUGUGGGCCCGCUGCCCCUCUGCCCGCUUGUCGUCAACCUCAACAAAAAGCUGCUCGCCGAAAAACAGUGGGAAACAGAUGUUAGCUAGCAAGCUACUAGCUCGUAACAGAUGUUAGCAAGCUAGCUAGUCUGCGUAGCAUCAGACUGAAACUGCUCAUAUGAUUCCAUUUGUCUGCCAUCGACAGUGCUAAACGUCCAAUCCAUUUCCUCCAACUUCAAAAUGGAUUGGACGUCUACUAGUGAUAAACUAGUACGAGUGAUAAACUCAUUUCAAUUCACAGCAGAAGGAUGAUUGGUCGUCAAAUGUUUGGACAUCUAUCACCGUCAAUGGCAGCGAAAGAGUUAAUUGUGUCAUUUCAGGAAAAGGCAUAAAUACUUGACUCAUUCCAUAACUUUUUACUCAUGUAUAUUUGCAUAAAUAUUUGUAUGAGGUCAUUGUGUGUGGUGACUUUGUUGUGUGGUCACCGUGCAGGACGGCGAGUGGGAGUGGCUACUCGUCCGCCUGUCUAUCAAGUGAAGGGAAUAGUUACCUUUCUCGCACACACCAUAUAACUGUUUGCAAUACUCUAACACACUUAUAAUCAAUCAAGGAAUAGUAUCAUUUCUCAUAUGUACUGUAGGAUUGUUUGUACUACUCUAAAACACCUAAUAUAAAAUAAAUAGCACACCAUAGUUUAAUGAAAAGAAGCAGAAUAGAUACACAACGCCAUCUUAUUAUCACAGAAGCCCAGCACCAACUCUCGCAAUCAGUUCUCCCGGCCACUCCAAGGACAAAGAGCAGGGCGCUCUGUCCUAAAAGAAGUAGCGUCUCGCCCAGCCAGGAUAACAAAGUUGAUAGCGGGCGCUUGGGACGUCAAGACCAGCGGCGGUCGCUGUGCCAACCACGUCCCAGCCAUGAAUGAUGACGCACGAACCUAACCGCCCAAAACCGGCCACAGAGGCAUUAUCCCAAGACAACACCCAGCCACACCUUCGGCCCGGCCCACUACACCGCAGCUUUCAAAAAGACUGGACACUGAGAUGACAAACGGUUUGCUGCUCAGAAACAUUUCUAUGUAGCCUUGUUUUGGAUCCAGCAUUGUUCCUCCGUCGUCUGUUUUGCCUUGUUUUUUGACCACUGCCAAAGAAUAAAUUGUCAACCUGUUUUCGGUGAGCCUUCCUCAGACUUUUGGAACAUAGAGUCAGUACAAAGGGUUAACACAAGAGGGAAACACGCGGAAGGUCGGCCCCCACCGGUUGGCUUGUGGGAGCGGUGCCGGCAGAGCGGCACUUCGUUCGGCUGGCGGUGUUUCCACAGCUUGGAAGGCAAGUAGUUUGACAAUGGGAUGAGAAUAAAAAUAACUCGCAACAAAUAAUUUGAAACCCUAUGCCAAGUUUAAAACCUAAAUCUGAAAAUCUAACCCUUAUUUGAUACAGUACUGUGAAAACCUAAUUCGUGUUUAAACCCUAUUUUAAACGGCAAGUCAGGUCUUCAAUCGGUAUUUUACACACUAUCCCUAGUUUGAAACCCGACCUUGAAAUUAAUGAUGCACGAUAAUGCAUUUUUCAACAGAUACCGAUAACCAAUAAUCACCUCCUCCUUCCAGCCGAUAACCGAUAAUGUCAAGCCGAUAACUCUUGAAAAGAUAUACAUAUAUACAAAUUUGAAUUAUAAAAAAGAGGAAAUGUUACUGUGCAAAAAUGCAAUUUAUCGCUACUUUUUCCACAUCAAAUGUGAGCAAGUAGUAAAUUCCAACGUCGAAUCAUUGUAUAUUAAUUAAUAUUCAUAAUGCUUACCGGUACAAAUUAAUGACUUAAUUGCACAAAAAAUACCUUUAGGAGGGGUUGGGGUGCCGGCCCAGAAUUCUGGAUAUAUAUAU